CUUGUUUACUGACACAGGCACCAGGGAGUUUGUCAAGACGAGCCAUCAUGACUUCCAAAGUACAUAUAGAAAUUGUCGGUUUGAUGAAAGUUCAUAAUUUUCAAAUCGCUAAGGGCAUUGCUGAGGGACUGAAAUUGAAGUUUCCCAACUCCUUCUUGGAUCCAACUAUUCAGCCAUUAUUUGAAUGUGACUGGCAUGCAUAUCUAAGCAAUAAGAAAAGGGAACUGAGGGGGGAAAUAUGGCAGUACUCCAGCCACCUAAUGUGUUUCGUAAACAACGGUCUCCUUGGUGAUGAGAAGGAUCUGGCUGGCUGGGCUGUGAAGGAGUGGGACUUUACCUUCAUUCGACCACAUGCUCUCUACCUGGCCCUCGCUGAGGACUUCUACUCCAAACACCUUCGUGGCACUGGGCACACCUUUGUUUACAUAGACAUUACCAUCAGAGGGGAAGCAGUUGGAAGGUUACUAUUUGAAUUGUACUCAGAUCUCUGCCCAAAGACGUGUAAAAACUUCCAGGCUCUGUGCACUGGUGAGGAAGGCUUGUCAAAUAAUGAUCUCUUGCUGACCUACAAGGGUUCAUUGUUUCACAGAGUGGUGCCCAAUGGCUGGAUACAAGGGGGAGAUAUUUUGCCAUUAGCCAAAGGCACUGGUGGGGAGUCGAUCUACGGACCCACAUUUGAGGAUGAGAGUUUUGCGGUCUCCCAUAGUAAACGAGGCAUCUUGGGGAUGGCCAACAAGGGUCCCCAUAGCAACGGCUCCCAGUUCUACAUAACCCUGCAGCCGGCCAAUUGGAUGGACAGGAAAUAUGUGGCUUUUGGUGAAGUGAUAGAAGGCACAGAGGUUCUGAAGAAACUAGAGGAAGUCCAAACCUACAACGAGAGACCAAAGCAGGAGUGUAAGGUGCUCGACUGUGGAGUGUUUGAACCUUGACCUGUUUGGGGUUUUUACCCAACAAUGUAACAUUGUAACAUGCAAUUUCCUAUUCCCUUCCUAUAUAAAGUUAACACAACUGA